AAAAAAAAUGGAGAAAGUUGAUGUCGAUGAAAUGUGUUUGUGUUGAUAAACGAUUAAAAUGGCCGCCGUUUCAUUUCGAGUACAACAAAAAUUUGGUGCUUAUUGAUUCGUUUUUUAAUUUCCAUCAUAUAAAUUACAUUAAGUCUUCGUAUAAAUGGAUCGACGUGUAGAAAAACCUUUUUGUAAGUUUUGCACUGUAAAAUAAAGGACAUGAAUUUACCGUUAUACUAUAGUAAGUAUUGUCAGUGAUUUUUUUUUAUUUGAAAAUAUAUGUUGUGAAUGUUUAUAAUGUCCCUUGUGCUCGUGGGUAAAUGAUAGUGAAUCUUUCAAAAAAUAUUGUUUUAAAACCAUAAAAUGAGCAAAAGAACCGGUCGCAAGCCGAAACGUGAACGUACGACAAGGCGUCGUACUAGACGUCAUUCUUCUACGUCUGAAACAUCAUCAGAAGAUGUGCCACCCCCCAAAGUUGGCAAAACCCGAGCUUCUAGCAGAGUUGAUGAAAGUGAAAGGAAAGUUGCAUUAACAAUAAAAUUGCCAAAGCCAGAAAGUAAUGAUUGCAGUGAAGAGAAUACUACUGGUAUGUGGAAAGUCGAAUGUUCCAAUGGAUCAGAUGGCGAUAUUCAAAAGUUAAAAAUUAGUUUGAGGCGUUCGCCCAAGGAUUUACUAAGAGAGCAGGCUGCUGAAGCUAAAUAUUCAGCUGAAAGAAAAGAAAAAGAAGAAGCUGCUGGCAGUUCAACAAAUCCAUCUACGUUAGAUGGUAGCGUUACAAAUUAUUUAGAACAGUUUGGUAGUACUAUGGCUGUUGAAGAAAGUGAACAAAACAUAGUUGAUUCUAAUGAACAAGUGCAAGUUAUCCCUCCUAAUGAAUCAUCAUGUAAUCAAGAAAAUAUUAAUAAUGACCAAGUAGACAAUGUUGAAAUAUCAUCGGAAUUUAUAAAACCUGAUGAAGAGCCUAUUGUAGAAAAUACAUCUACUAAUGAUGAAAAACUCAUUGAUGCAGCUAAUGUAACUGAAGUUGAAGAAAACAAAAUCCAUGAAGAAGUUUUAGAACCUGCUGCUAUUAUGGUAGAGUCAAUUAAUCCUAUGAAUUCAUCUAAAGAUUUUCCAGACUCUACAGUCCGUCCAUCCAUUGAUGAAUGUAAUACUUCAGAACCUGUUGUAGAAGAAAAUUCUGUAAAUAUUUCAGAAGUUAUUGAUAUUCCAAUAGCUGUAAGUGAAAAGAUUCAGAAUAUUGUACCAGAAUCUAUUGAAAGUAUAGUAGAUGAACCAAAUACAUCUGAAGUCUCAGAAACAGUAUCAAAUGUUGAGAUAAAUAAAAUAGCUAAUAACCCAAUAGAAGAAGAGAUCAAUAAACCGGAUUAUACUAAUGAUUCAGAACAAAUGGAAGAUAUUGUACAAUUAACUGUUGAAUCACCAGAUUUAGUUGAUGAUGAAGAUCCAAAACCAAUUGAUGAAGAAUCUAAACCAGUUUAUGAAGAAGAAUUGAAUACAGUUAAUAUUAAUAAAACUGAUUCAGUCAAUGAAAUAAAACCCAAACCAGUUAAUGAAGAUGCAUCUAAACUAGUAGAAGAAUCUAAACUAUUAGAUAGUGAAGAAACUAAAACAAUUGAGGAAUCUUGUAAAGUUCUAUCAUCAGAUAUACCCAAUUUAAAACAAGUUGGUGUUGAAAAGGAAUUAAAUGAAAUGUCAAAACCAUUAUCCUCCCACCCUAAACGUAAAUGGGGCUCUUGUAAAACAAGAACACCUAUAACGAUAAGUCCAUUUACUUUGGGUACUAUAAUAGAAUCCAAUGGAGAUUCUGUUGCUGAUAAUGGUGAGUAUCGAUCAGAAGAAGGAGAAAUACAAAGGACAGAUACAGAGGAAGAACAAGAUAUUGAAGAAGCUAUGGAUAUUAAUGAUACUAUGUUAAUUGAUCAUGAAGCAGUUGAUUAUGAAGCACCAGAAGAAGAAGAGAAGUCUCUUAUAGAUAAUGAUGAUAAUAAAUCUGAUAAGUCAUUAGCAGAAGAAAAAUACGAAGAAGUGCCAAAAAAAAAAUCUUCUGUUAAACGUAUAACGACUACUAGUGUAAUUCAUAUUACAAAUCUUGUUAGGCCAUUCACAGUUGGUCAACUAAGAGAUUUGCUACAAAGAACUGGAAAAAUUGUGUCUAAUGGAUUUUGGAUAGAUGCAAUUAAAUCUCAAUGUAUUGUAGAGUAUGAAAAUGAAGAUCAAGCCAUUGAAACUGUAUAUGCACUCAAUGAUUCCCAGUGGCCUUCAACUAACCCCAAAUUUUUAAAAGUUGUUUUUACCAAUAAAGAAGAAUUAAAUAAAGCUUUGAGUGGAACUCAUCCAGAACGAUUAGAUAAGCAAAAAGAAUCUAAAGUAGAAAAACUUAGAACACAUGUAGAAAAUAAUUUUAUUUUACGCGAAUGGGAUAGAGGCAAGUUGGAAGAUAUGAAUGGUGAAAAAGAUGAUAAACCUAUUAAAAGAAAAAUUUCUGAUGAUCUUCAUGCUACAAAAGAUAAAAAAUUAAAGAAGGAUGAAAAAGAUCUUCAUGAUAAACGUAAGAAGUCAAAAUCCAAAACACCAGAACGUAUUCCUACAAAAAGUUUAGAUGAGCUUUUUCGAAAGACUAAAACUACACCAACUCUUUAUUGGUCUCCUCUUUCUAUGGAACAGAUUGCAGAGAAAGAAGACCAACGACGCAAACAUCUUGCAGAGAUUGAACGGUCUCAAAAGACUGACCGUAGGAGAAGAGAUAACCUUCAUUAUCCUAAGAGACGUUAGAAUUUGUGUAUUGCAAGUAUUUUUUAUUCUAAAAAGAAUACCUACAUUUUAUACAAAUCGGUAAAACCUUUGAGUUUUGUCACCAUGUACCAAAAGGUUAACUCAUUACACAUAGUAAGAACCGCAUAAUUAUUGUAGGCUAAUUUUUUCAUUUACUGUAAUUUUUUUUUAGGGAUAUCACAAUCCACAAACUGUUUUUAUGAUAUUUUGAUUAUAAUUCGUCUUUACGUUAAAUAAUUUUAUUUAUCAUAAUAAAGACUGUAUAAAAU